AAGCGUUGCGUGCGGUUGUCCCAACAACAAAAAACAUCUUAAACUUGGAUUUCUGUGCUUUCCGUUUGUGUCGUUCGUUUCAACCAAAAGCUAUCCAAAUAUGUCUGUGCUGCGAGCACUGCUGCUGCUGGCUUUCAGUGCCACCGUGGCGCUUGCCCAGCGUCGCCUGGCUCUUCCCGAUCCGCGGAGCUGCGCCAACCGGGUGCGCCAUGCCAGCUACAGGGACGCCCGAGGCGUUUCCCACUCGUACUUCUUCAGCUGGGAGCACGCGCCCACCCGCAGCUUGGAGGUGGACUGGCUGGACGCGAGGAACAUCUGCCGCCGGCACUGCAUGGAUGCCGUCUCCCUAGAGACUCCGCAGGAGAAUGACUUCGUGAAGCAGCGGAUCGCCAGGGGCAAUGUGCGGUACAUCUGGACGUCGGGAAGGAAGUGCAACUUCGCCGGCUGUGACAGGCCCGACCUGCAGCCCCACGAGAACGGAUGGUUCUGGUCGGGAUCGGGGGCCAAGAUUGGACCCACCUCGCAGCGGAACACCGGCGAUUGGUCGGCCACUGGUGGAUACCAACAGCCGCAGCCGGACAACAGGGAGGCUGCCCAGGGCAACGACGAGAGCUGCCUGUCCAUCCUGAACAACUUCUAUAACGAUGGCAUCAAGUGGCACGACGUCGCCUGCCAUCACAUCAAGCCAUUCGUGUGCGAGGAUUCCGAUGAGCUGCUGAACUUCGUCCGCUCCCGGAAUCCCAAUGUCCGCUUGUAAUCGUAAAUUAGCCUAAGCUCGAAAGGGAGACGAUGAUUAAAAUUUACAUAUUUAUGUAGCCUUAAACGGAACAUUGAUUGGUUGAUUGAUUGAUUGAUUGUUUGAUUCACCGACUGUUCAAUCCAACAUUGAUGGCUUCCAAAGCGCCUAACAUUCGUUUGUUCGGUUUAGUUCGCAGCUAAAGUUCUAAAAACAAAAUUUGAAUAACAUUUCUGUGUCGAUCCGCGCAUGAUAAACAAAAUUGUUAAAUAAUUUUAAAAAUUGUUAAUAAAUACAAAUUGAACCCAACAGUGAAA